AAAAAAAAACUGUAAAUGCGUAAUACUGUAUUCCACUCUGUUUUGGUUAGAAUAUGUUUUAAGGUAUACUAUUUAAGUUAAUUUGUACUUUUAAUAUGAUCAAUUUCAUAUUUGUGUUCGAAAUGCCGUGUUAAUGGAGCGGAAAUUUAGCUCUCCGUUGCCGUUGACAUGAAGCCGCUUCCGGGGCUAGCAUUUGCCAGCAGUAAACAUGGCGGAGGAGCUGCUGGAAACAGUGGACAGACUUCAGUCCCGGCUCAUGGAGAGCCCCGAGCCGGGAAAGCUCCUUAAGACUCUCAAAAGACUUGGUGAUCUGCCCAUGACUGUUGACAUCCUGGUGGAAACUGGAGUAGGAAAAACUGUGAACUCUUUUCGGAAACACGAAGUAGCGGCUGAGGCGGCAAAAAAUCUUGUAGCCAAGUGGAAGAAGCUCGUCCCGCAGUCAUCCGACAUUAGAAGCAACAACAGCCAUGUGAAAGAAGCACCGCGGUCACAUUCUCAAGGUGUUGGCGUUGCGGUCCACAGACGUCAGCGUGAACCCUCACCUGAGGAAGAGGAGCCUUCUUAUGUUGAAGAAGAGGAGGAGGAAGAAGAAGAAGAGCGAGGUUAUCGAACCAACUACUCCCCCUCGCCUCCCCAGCACCAGCAGUACAGCCCCCCGCAGCUUGGGAGCGACCAGUCAGACAAGUACGACAGCCCCGAGCCGGAACCUGAGCCCAGCCCUCCUCCCCCUCCUCCCCGCAAAGACAGCAAACAUACUAAGCCCGUCAAAUCUGACAAGAACCACCACCAUCGCGGCGAUCACGCUGACCGGGGCAGAGACUGCGAGUCGCGGUCGCGCCACGUGCCCACCAACCGCGGCGACGGGAAGAAGCGGAACGCGGACAGAGAGCGUAGCCCUGUCGCGAAGCCCGCCAAGCAUAGCAAGAAGUCGGAUGGGAGCAAGCGGGAAGAGACCAAGAAGGGAGGAGAUGAAGGGCGACCACAAAAGCGUUUGCCGGGCAGCGAUGACGAAAAUGACGAAUUUGAAACACCCACCAUGUCCUUCGAGUCCUUCCUCACCUAUGACGCACCCACAUCUGUUAAGAAGAAGAAGAAGACCGCACCCGCUUCUUCGUCCUCGCACAAUCGCCCUUCUCGGCCCUCAUCCUCGGCUCCUAGUACAAGUACGAGGACAAUGUCUUCCCGCCGAGCCGCUCCGGCUGCCUCCUCCUCGUCCUCGUCUUCGUCCUCCAAAGGGAGCAAAGCAAACGGCGCUCAGAGCACAAAGAAGUCUCGGUCGGGGACGUCUUCGAACGCGCCAGAAAAACGAAGGAGGGUUGUAGAGCCCGUCCCAUCCCUUCCUGACAUCCCCCUGCCAGCCAUCCAGCCUGACUACAGACCUCUGCCCUCCAUUGACAUUACACCGCUAUCCCCUCAGAGGCGGAAAGGUCCGGUCUUCAACGAUGAAGAGGACGCCGGAUUCACAGGAAAGCGGUUCAACUCCAAGAUGGUGGUCUACUCGGGAUCCAAGACCACCUACCUACCGCGAAUGAUGACGCUGUACGAGCAGUGCAUUCGUGUGCUACAGAACAACAUUGACUCCAUCGAUGAGGUUGGCGGCGUCCCGUUUGGGAUUCUGGAACCGGUCCUAGAACGCUGCACUCCGGAGCAGCUGUAUCGCAUUGAGCAGAGCAACCAGUGGUUCACAGAGGAAUCUGACGAACUGUGGAUGCGCCACUGUCAACGCGACUUCAAGCGAGAGACCCCGCAGGAAUACGAGUCCUGGCGGGAGAUGUAUUUGCGGCUGCAUGACGAGCGGGAAGCGCGCCUACGCAAGCUAACGCAAAACAUUAGCAUGGCACAUGCUAACAAGCCCAAAGAGCGGCAAGUCAAGAUGGCGUUCGUCAACUCCGUGGCCAAACCACCUCGAGACGUCCGGCGCCGGCAGGAAAAGUUCGGGACCACCAACGGUUCUUCAGCGGCCUCCGUUGCCGCCUCCACGCCCAUCAAAAUAAGACCAGCCACCGUAGACUACUCCGGCGAGUCCAGUCACACGUCGCCCUCCUCGUCUUUCCUCAACCCGUCUCCCGGAUCGUCGCGAUCCUCAGCACACGGCGCGGGUGCCUUAGGAGGAGGACACGCUUUCCGGGACAAACCACAGCCCAAAAAAAUUGCCCCAAUGAUGGCCAAAACGAUAAAAGCCUUCAAGAACAGAUUCUCCCGCCGAUAAAUGAAAGCUUAACGGAAGGCAGCAUCCUUGAAAUACAUUUCCGACGAAACGUGAACUCUGUGGGAUCGGCGGGGAAAAGGGCAGAGCUUUUAUUUAAUUUGUUUAAUUAUUUUUUUGAAUAGGUAUUUAAAUGACCGCGACGUCAGUGUGAAAAACGGAACGGUUUAUAGGAAGCAAUUGCACCAACUUACAGCAAACGUGACAAAACACGAUGUAUGCACAAAAAUACUAAUUUUUGGUGACCAAUUUGGUAUAACCGGCACGCAAAAUGCUAAUAUUUGAAUUUUGGAAGAAUAGGUUCAGCAAAUAGAAGCAAUCUUUUUCUGACUAAUGAUUGAAGAUAGCAAACGUGCGCUCUAUUUGCUUAUUACAAAGAAUUCCAACUUAUUGAUGGGAAUGAAAUUCGACCCAAUAAUUAGUCAUUGUUGCUAUUUCAUAACCCUAAUUUACUAUUUUUCGCAUUGCCAUGUAUUAGCAUCUGCAUACAAACUUUUUUUUUUUAACAGUAGGUCUUCUUUUUAUCAGCCAUGUUUAAAGGAAUUCACUCUGUAAGGAAACAUAAGGAUAUUUUCUUUUAAACUGAGUCACAAAUCAUUCACUGACUGCUUUAAAGUAACGCAAUUUCGCGUGUUUUACUUUCUGGUUGGACUCGAAAAGAUCUUUGAGCUGCUUUUUUAAAAAGUCUUCUAUCCUGCUGUCCUCCGUAUGUGUGCGUGUGUGUAUCCUGUGUGUAAAUAUCCUGCUUCACUGUGACGAACCAGAAGAUAAGGAAUGAGGAAUAAGGAUCCACCGUGCGCUUCAUUUAAGAUGUAUUUAUGACAUUGUUAAGGACGUAGACCCCCCCCCCCAGCUCUCAUUUGGUGAGCAAAAAGGAAGUAGAUGGAAAAACCUGUAAUUUUAUUAGAUUUUAUUAAAUGUUAUAUGCUCCCUUUUUAUUAAAUUUGACUUUUUUGCCCAAUGUCUCUGUUGUAUAUGAUCAUAGAUUGUUAUAUUUUUGGCUAGAUGCUAACAUCUUAUCACUGAGGACAAUUUUAAGUUUUGUGUUUCUUCUUUUCACAGUUGAUUAGUGAUAAUAUAUUGUUUGAUGGAAAAAUUUGGAAUACAUUCAUUAUCUGUGCUUCUUAUACUCAUGGGGUGCUGGAGUACUCAAGGGGAAAAUACACUGUAAAAACAUGCAUACCCAGUCAACCAUGUACAUUAUAAUUAGUUGAUUUAAUUGUUUUAAACAGUUAUACAGUGAUGCCUUGCUACUUUGCGCUUCAAACUUCGCGCCCUCAGUCCAUCGCGGAAUUUUUACAAUUAAAAAAAAAUAAAUACAAAUGAACUGUCACGAGCCGAUCACUUAGUCUCACCCUCCCUCUCCCUGCUCUUUGUCGGUCACUCGAGUUGCUUAUUAAAGUUAAUGAUGAUUGAUGGACAUUUGAGUUUGAUCUUGUUCGAGACGCAAACUUAAAAGCACCGCAUGUGUCAAUCAUCAUUUAACUUGUUAAAACUGUUGCCGUGGCAACUCACUGUGUGGAAGUGAGCAGCUUGACCAAAUCUGAGUAGACUCAAUGAAGCAUUUAAUAACGCCAAGCAUUUUUCUAUUUUAUUCUUGUUUUAAAAAAUA